GCAGUGCAGACAAAACGAACAGGCCUAGUGAACUCUUGCACUAAGUUCUUCUGCACUGCAAUAACGAGCAACGUUGUUGGCACCAGUUCUGCAAUAAAGAACGCUUUAGUGUACACUUUUUGAACUUGUGCAGCCAGUGCAGCAAUAAAAAACAAACCUAUUGUCGUAAUGAUAGUCGUUCACUUCGUAAACAUAGAAGUGUCGUUCACCACCGUUUUCAUCAUACAUUUACUCUUGUCUUAUGUCAAGCUGCAGGACACAUGAAGACGUGUCUCUCGAGUGUCUACUUUCGCGAUGAUUGCUCGUUGAACUUUGACGCGAUAGUUCAAUGUGACGAGAAUCUUUCGUAACAACGAGCACCCCGAUAUGGCCGCUAUCGUCGCGACUGCAAUUCGCGAAUUCUCGAUGCGGUAUCUCAAGAACUGAGUUGUCACGAGAUUGACUUUGGUCUCUUCUUGAAUAAAUACACAGGACCGCCACAUAGUGAAUUUCCCAGGUAGCUUUCGGCGAAAGCGCAGCUUUACUCGAUUUUUACAUCAAGCAUGUAUUUAACGUAUUUCACAUCAUCAUUGCGUUGUUGUCUGCCGGUGGUUUCACUCGGAUGAACGUGUGUCCGUCGUCUUGUACUGCGUCACGAUGAGCGAAAAAACGAGGAAAGUAGUAACCAGGUUUCAUCCCAUUCACGGUGACAACAUCGUCCUGCGCGAAGACAACACAGUGGCGAUUCGCACUACAAGCUUUGCCAACUCUGUAGCCUUCAGUGAGAAGCCGCUUCAACCUGGAGAGAUCUUCCUUGUGGAGAUUGAGAAGACGGAGAGAGGAUGGAGCGGACACAUGCGGCUGGGUCUCACUCUCAUUGAUCCAGCUUCGGUCAACAAUAAUCUGCCACAAUAUGCUAUGCCCAAUCUUGUCAGAUUGGGGAAUACAUGGAUCUUCGCCAUUACGAGGAACCAGACAAUCUGGGACUAUACUGGCUAUGAUGAAGGCAUACCAUCUAGAGAGAAGAAACUGGUCACAGAUGGAGUCAACGUACAAACAUCACGUGGUGUCAUUCCCUACAGUGUUCUGAGACCAAAUACACUUGGUUCUUCCCAAUAUAUCUUACCUACAGAUGCUGGUAGUCGCAUAGGUAUCAUGUAUGUGCCACAAGCAGGUUCUGACAAGGCAGAGAUGCAUUUCAUAAUUAAUGGAGAAGAUCAAGGUGUGUGUGGAAAAGAUAUCCCCUAUAAGGCAGGUCCUUUGCGCGCGGUGGUGGAUGUCUAUGGCACCACAAAACAAGUUCGGAUAGUUCAACUUUAUGGGGCAGUAUCGACCCUGCAGAGUGCAUGCCGCGAUGCUAUAUUGCAGUACACGAAGAGAAACGCGGUGAAUUUGCUGCCGCUGCCGAGGCCACUGAAGGACUAUCUGCUAUAUCAGUCGCAAUGAGAACCGGAUCAUUCCGUUCACACAAGCGGAAUGUGUCGCAGAUCGAUCUUUCUUUCCUACAUCACAGUGAUAUCUUUUUGUAUAUGGAACAUAUGAUUAUAUACAUGUUCUGUUACAUGGGUUUAAGACUGACGGCGGUAUGUCGAUUCGUCGUAUUCGCACGGAUUCUUUCUCUUUAUAUACAUGUGUCUUUUCUACGGAUUCGAUUGUCCCCGUACGUGAAAUUUUUCUCGCGUUUUCAAUUGUAAAUUUUCCCCUCGGGAAGGGGAAACGGUAAAUCAUCGUCUGUAAAUAGUGUAACAAAAUGUUGAUCUCGCAGGAACGAAUUGAACAAAAGAAAAAAGAUAAAAGAAGUGUCUAUCAUAAUCGACUAAAUGUGAUACAGCGAAAAAAUAUUGUAAACGUAGCGGACAAACGCCGCUGGAAAGUGAUCAUUUGUGGGCAUGCAUAUAUAACACCAUACGUAGAACUUAGGCGUAAUAUUUUCCAUGGUUACUUUCGUUGUAGCGGAUAUUUUGUUUCUCCGUUUACGAAGUACGAUGUAGAAUUAAGUUUUGCAACUUAAGCUGUUGUAUGGACGGAAGACAAACAAUAUUGAUAUAAAAACGUCCAAAGGAAAGCUGUUUUACAAAAAAAGGAAAAAAGAAAGGAGGAAAUAAAUGUAUGAGAUAAUUUAUAACAGA